AUGACAGACAUAAUUGCCGACCAGGCACCGCCAGCUCUCGCCGUACCAUCGGAAAAGGAAAAGAAAUACGACCGCCAACUCAGACUUUGGGCUGCGAGCGGCCAAGCUGCUCUGGAGUCUGCCAAUAUCCUGCUCGUGAAUUCGGGCACGGGCACUGUUGGUGUCGAGACACUGAAGAAUCUCGUGCUUCCAGGUAUUGGGAAGUUUACAAUCGCCGAUGAUGCCGUCGUGAGUGAGGCUGAUCUCGGUGUCAACUUCUUCCUGGACGAGUCCCAUCUCGACAAGUCUAGGGCGCAGAGCUGUACCGAGCUACUGCUAGAGCUUAAUCCCGAGGUUCAGGGUGACUGGUAUCCCCACGGCUCGAAAAAUGAGGGCCUCCAGGAGCUUCUAAACAACUCGACCCCGUUCAGCAUUAUUUUGUACACACUUCCCAUGAAGCCCGAAGACAUCACUGCACUGGAAGCUUAUAGCCGUGAACACAAGACGCCCUUGAUUGCUAUACACUCUGCGGGCUUCUACUCCUACUUUAGCACUCGUCUUCCAAGCAUUUACCCCAUCGUCGACACCCAUCCGGACGUCACAGCUAUCACGGACUUGCGGCUUGUCACCCCAUGGGAAGAGCUCGAGGCCUUUGCUGAGAGACUGACCAAAGACAUUGAAAGUCUCGACAACCACGAGCAUGGUCACCUGCCCUUCGUUGUCAUUCUCUUGCACUAUCUAAAGGUAUGGAAGUUGUCCCACAACUCCAUGCCGCCGAGCAACUACAAGGAAAAAGUUGAAUUCAGGAAAAUGGUGGCCGCUGCUACGAGAACAGACAAUCCCGAAGGAGGCGAGGAAAACUUUGAGGAGGCUGUGGCUGCCGUUUUGAAAACCAUUUCGCCACCAUCACUCCCUUCUGCCGUCAAAGAGGUCUUCGAGUACAAGCACACCGACGAGAACGAAGCCAAGUCAAGCUUCUGGGUCAUUGCAGGAGCGAUGCGCGAAUUUCAUGAAAAGCACAGCUGCUUACCAGUACCGGGCGGCCUCCCGGACAUGAAGGCGCAAUCUAGCGUGUACAUUGAGCUUCAGAAUAUCUACAAGGCCAAGGCUCGCAAAGAUGCAGCCGAGGUCCUCGAAUUGGUCCGUCAGAUGCCCGGUGGCGAGGGCGUCGACGCAGCCGAGGUCGACUUGUUCUGCAAGAAUGCAGCCUUCGUCAAGCUGGUCGUCCCCGCAGGUGGCGGACCCGAACAACUGCGCAAUAUAGCAGCGCAGGAGUUUGCCAACGACGAAAUGGCCAAGGAGGGCGUGAUGCCACUGUCGCUCCUCCCAAUCUAUCUCGCCCUCCAAUCCACGUCUCACACACCCACGGCAUCUUCGGAUGAGAUUCUAGAGAACAUCAAGGCGCUUCUUCCAGACUGGGGCGACAACGAGCGGCUGGCACAGGCGGCGCAAGAGGUAUCCAGGUCUGGCGGCGGAGAGCUACACAACGUUUCCGCCGUGACAGGCGGCAUGGUGGCUCAGGAGACCAUCAAAAUCAUCACAAACCAAUACGUACCUAUUGAGAACACAUGCAUAUUUGACGGCAUUGGAAGCCGGUGCCAAAUUCUUCGUCUUUAG